AUGGGUGCCGGAGAUACUUUAAUACCAUGUUGUUAUUCAACCAACUGUAGUUAUUGUGAAUUAGAUUAUUAUCAAGUCUUAGCCAUGCAACAACAAUAUCGUGACCCGCCACCCUACCCUGGUCACUCUAAACAACUCCAUCAACCAGGUGGUCGGCAAAGUUUUUCUGGUAGUGAAACCAGUACAGAUGUUUCGGUGUCGUCCAUGGAAAAUCUGGCAACGUCUAUUCGCCAGGAGCCACAGGGAGAGGAAAAUCAGUCUCAAAACCUUUAUAAUCAGAUAGAUUUGAACAAUAGCGAUGGAGGCUAUAGUAUACUCGCCCGUCUGGGUAUGCCUCCGUCCAGCCUUUCGGAAACCAAAUCAACAAGUGUGCCGGCAUAUCUAGUGAAAGGACCUUCAGGAGGACAAAUGUUUACAACUCAUAGUGAACCGGCCUCCGCGUACAAUAGUCAAGCGAUUCCGCAAUGGAAGCAAUCAAGUGUUCCUCAGUUAACCGUGCCAAACACGGACUACAACCGGGUACCGGUUUCAACAUAUCACGGUUCUGGACCGUAUGUGAAUGCACAACAUUGGAUCAUGGAUCCCGUGGAAAUAGCACAAAGCCAUAAAAUGAUGCAGUACCUGGCAAAUCUCCCCCCUCCCCCGGAAUAUCCGGGACCCAAAUCCGAGCCACCAGUGAAAAUAGACACAUAUCAUCAUGGGUACGACAUGAUGGAGAGCGCUAAAGUGGAAUUAAGCCGGUCUCAACCGGAUCUGUCUCGUUUAACCGAAUCUCAACCUAAAACACCUCUCUCUAAUCCUGAUCUUAAAAUACACACGUCCACUAGACCAGAGUCAGCAUAUGAUAUGACAGGGGGAAAGAUAACAGAUAUUGAUCAAACAGAGAUAGUUAACAGAGCUACACAGUUAGUUGAAAUGUUAUCCAAAGAAAACAGAACUCUGUUAACUCAAAUGACUGAAUACACCCGCAAAAUUGCCAAAUUACAAAAAUUGGAGUUAGAAAUUGAAAAGGUCCAUGGUGCUUAUGAGUCAUUGUCUAAAAGCGCCCAGAAGCGGGAAAGGCUUGACAUGGCUUUAAAACAAAAAUUAGACGGGGAAAUUAAAAAAAUCCAAAAGGAGAACAAAGAAUUAAAAGAAAAAUUAGACAAGUGUCAGUCGCCAGAACAAAAAGAUUUUGCUAAAGCAGAAUCAGAUAUGAAGGCUAGACUAGCUGAGAAAGAUACAACCAUAAUCAAACUACUCUCUCAUAAUAAAGAUUUAUUAACAUCAAAAGACAAACUAGAAGAACAAGUGAAGAAUCUAAAAUCUUCCAUCACUGAACAACGAGCGCAGAUUGAUAUUCUUGACAACGCAUUAACUACAGUACAGGCUAACGUCCAAGAAGAGGGAGGUAAAAAAGAAGUAUAUAGUAACAGGGUGGAUCAGUUACAGAAAGCUUUCACAACGUUACAGACAGUAACAGAACGUCGAGAACAGAAAGAAAAACAACUUCGGGCCAAGUUAGAGAAAGAAAUUGAAACUUUACGCAAACAAUUAAAGUCUUUGCCUGGUAAAAUACGACAGGACAGUAACCCUGAAACUAAUGAUAUCACUUCAUUGAAACGUAUGGUGAAUGAAAAGGAUUCGAAAAUUUUACAACUUGAAGCUGAACUUGUCAAGUGGGAACAGAAAUGUUUAGAAGAAAGUACAAUGAGACAAUUAGCUUUAGAUGAUAACUCUAGACCAAAGUUUGCUGCGAUCGAGAAAAGCUCAGUGGAAGCUGAAAGGUUAAUCAAUGAAGCUAAGGGUGAGAAGUUAAGACAUAUGGAGGAACUGUAUCAAGCUAAUAGAAGAGUAGCUGAACUUGAAGCUAGUGUUCGAACUCUUCAGUCUCAGUUAUCAGAAAAGGAAGCUAUGGUGAAAGUAUACCAGCGUUCACCUCUAACACGGAGUAGCAGUGUUCAGAUGCUCUACUGUUCACCCUUACACUCACCCCGCCCUUCCAUCCUCUCUCCCUCCUCCUUAACCUCACACCAAGCUAGUCAUUCAGAUUCUAGCAGUUACAUCCGUCAUGUCAAAACAGGAAGUGAGAGUGCUCUAGAUACUGAUAGAAGAUUGUCUUUAGAAGAUGAACUGAGAGAGAAACUUCAUAAUAUAGAACUUGAGAAGAAAGCAGCAAAAGAUCAAGAAUGUCGUCUGUGGCAUGUUUAA